AUGGCUAGGGAGAGCGAGGGCAUUUCUGCAGGCGCGGGAGAAAGAGGUACUUGGAUCGUCGUGCUCUUGUCGGCUGUGUGGAUUCGCUGGGCUGUGGGCCUCGCAGGUUGGAGCGGCAAAGGGAUCAGUCCCAUGUACGGCGACUUGGAAGCUCAGAGACACUGGAUGGAACUCACUUUGCACGUGCCUGUGCACAAGUGGUACGAGUACGACUUGCAGUACUGGGGCUUGGACUAUCCUCCGCUGACUGCGUACGUCAGUCUGGUGUGCGGCUGGAUCGGAUCUCGCAUCCCUGGCCUUUCGCAGUGCUUUGCCUUUGUGACCUCGCGAGGCGCGGAAAAUCGAAGCCUGGUCACGUACCUGAGAGCCACCGUGCUCUUCUUUGACGCGCUCGUAUAUAUUCCAGCUGUGCUCUUCUUCCUGUCCAGGCGGCUGCACGGACGAGGCAGGCGCACGCGUUCCAUCGCGGCGAUGACUAUUCUGCUGCAGCCUAGUCUGGUUCUCAUCGACCAUGGGCACUUCCAAUACAACAGCGUUAUGCUGGGCUUUUGCGUAGGCGCCUUUUCUCUGCUCUACUCCAGCCUGCCGAAUCCGGACCUGCCGUUCUUUUCCGCACCCGUCGCCUCAGCGUCUGACCCGAGCACCGAGACAGCCCUGGCGCAACAGACGGAGUGGCAAACGAGGACGCGCAAUUUAAGCCGCAGAGUCAGCUACGAUUAUGUGCUCGCUGCCUUCUUCUUUACCUUGGCUCUGUGCUUCAAGCAGAUGGCACUCUACUUUGCGCCUGCCGUCUUCGCCAUCAUGCUCGGGCGUUGCGCUGGACUUGCGCGCGUUGGCUUUGAGAGGGGCCUGAUCUGCUUUACCGGCAUCGGCGCCGUGACCCUAAUCACCACUCUGGUGCUGUUCUCACCAUGGCUCUACAGUCCCUCGGCGCUUUUCCAAGUCAUUCAUCGCAUUUUCCCACUAGCACGGGGCAUCUUUGAGGACAAGGUCAGCAACGUCUGGUGCUUCUUGAGCGUGCUGCCUCUUCCCCAGCGAUACAAGCUCCGCAACCUCUUUGAAGUAUCCAGCUUGGCCAAGGUCAGCCUCAUCGCGACGCUACUGGCAAUCUUGGCUCCAUGCGCCCACUUGUACGUCGCCGCCAGCCAGACUGUGACCAUCGAGAUGUUUCUCAACGAAGGAAAAGGGGCGAAAGCUGCAAGGGAAAAAUUGGCUAGGCAGAGAGGAGAGGGGUCGGUGAUGGGACGCAGCGCAGGUGGAAGGAGCGCGGGCCGUUCGGAACGCAGGGACAGGACAAGAUCCAUACUGAGCGUGCCGGGUGCUCCUGCUCGAUCUGAAGCGGGAGCCUCCGAAGGUGGUGUCGCUCCCAGCAUAUCUGGCGCCAUGAGCAAUACGGGCAGCCUGUUUGGAAGCUCGAAACUGACGACUGUGGGCGAUCAAGAAGUGGCGAGCAACACGCCUUCGCCAGCAGCUAGCGUUUUGCCCUACGCCCUCCUCAACACUUCCUUGGCCUUCUUUCUGCUUGGCUUUCAGACGCACGAAAAGAGCAUCCUUUUGCCUCUUGUGCCGCUUUCGCUGCUCAUCACCGUCAAGGGCGAUGAGUGGGGCGGCGGAGGUGGCAAGACGGACUUUGAGUGGGCCAUGCUGGGGAACAACGUGGCAGUGUUUAGCAUGUGGCCCCUCUUGCAAAGGGAUGGAUUGACGCUCCAAUACCUCGUCCUCAACUUUUUGUGGAAUUGGUCCGCGGGCUACAAUCCCUUUUUGGCCUUGCAAAGCCGACGCAAAUCACUUGUCGGGUGGACGAGCGCUAUGGCUCAUGCUGCUAUCCUCGCUUUGCACCUCGUCGAAGUGUUGCUACCUGCACUUGCGCCAGGCUUGGCUGCGCACGUCUAUGAUAGGUAUCCUGACAUUCAUCCGGUCCUCAACGUGCUCCUCUGCACACCCCUCUUUGGACUCAUCUGGGUUUGGGCCGUCGCGCGCCAGGUAGAAGUCGGCGUGGGAUGCGGGAUUGAUCCGACGGCGUUCUUGCGACGAAGUUCGAAAAAGAGAGCAACGAGCCACAUGGCCACCAACAGGAGGCAAGAGCUCGCCAAGCAAGAGUAG